AGGCGCAGGGAAUGGGCAAACAGGGGACUGCGCUACUGCGCUUGCGCCUGGUUUUUCCGCCCGAAGUCCGGGUGCAGUUCUGUCUGCUCUUCUGACGCGGGAUUAAUGAUCCGUCUUCUGCAGUAGUGAGGGUGUUGUGUCACCCUAGGACAGCGGACCUGUCGUACAGUUGUUUCUAGGAGCAGCAGGCGGGCUGGGGUAGAGAUACAGAAAGGCAUAUUGGGAGCAAGUGGGUUCGUUCACUUUGACGUCCCUAGAGGAAACGAGAAGGGUUUGAGGGGAGAGGGGGCGCGGCGGCUAACCGCGACCGCCAGCGGCUCACCAGAGUGGUUACGGAUUCGAUCCUAGAAAGAACGCUUUUCACGAAGUGCUGCUGCGCGUUCUGCCAGCACCGGGGGAACGUGUGUCCCGUCCCGGGGCGGAAUGCGCCGUCACAGCGCUCCGCAGGCCUUUGCCUCACUUCGUGGAGACCUUUUGCUAUGCCCUCAUUAAAAAACAAAAAAACAUCUGACUGUGAUUCGAACCCGCUUGUAGGAUUCAGUUCUAACUGUUCAGAAGACGUGGAGAUUUUCUCGCGUAAAGCCGACAGAGGCUUCAGAAAUGUGGUCUAGUUACCGGUUUGAUUCAAGGUUGGGGCUUGGUGCUGAGCACCUUGAAGUCUCUGCGUGAGAGCAAAUGGUCUGUGGACUUGAGAUUACCACUGAUAAGCGUUGGGUGCUGCGCGUUUCUCUCGCCCUACUGGUCUUUGGUUGUGAUAAUUGGAAAAGCGUAGGGACGGUGGUGAGAAGUCUGAGAUGCGAGUACUCCAGCAUCCGUUCCUUCUUGAAUUUUUAAGUAAUAGAGGCUUGGAAGUGACCCAUCCUAGAGAUGUUACAGUCCUAGUUGUCAUCUGGAGCAAAAUCGAGCACCGCACGUCGGUCCCAUACCGCAGUGCAAGUAGCCAUGGCGGCCAUGAGUCUGUUGCAGCGGGCUUCGGUUACUGCGGUGGCAGCUCUGUCUGGCUGCCACCUUGGCACCCAACUCGGAUUUGGGGGUUUCCUCACUCGUGGCUUUCCGAAGGCUGUUGCUCCUGUUCGACACAGUGGAGGCCAUGGGAGAAGACUAUUUAUCAUCAAACCUACUGGAUUCUAUGACAAGCGUUUUUUGAAGUUAGCGAGAUUCUACGUUUUCUUGACUGAGAUUCUAGUGGCAUUUAUAACUCUGGUGAAUGUAUUCGUUGGUCAGGCUGAACUAGCAGAAAUUCCAGAAGGCUAUAUCCCGGAACACUGGGAAUGUUUUCAGCAUCCCAUAUCAAGAUGGAUUGCUCGUACUUUCUAUGAUUGUCCUGAAAAGGAUUAUGAAAAAGCAAUGGCCGUCCUUCAGAUUGAAACUGAAAAGGCUGAAUUAUGGUUAAAGGAGAUGAAAAUACGAAGAUUAAUGCAUGUGAGAGGAGAUGGACCCUGGUAUCACUUUGACACAGUUGAUAAGGAACUUAUUGAUCAUUCUCCAAAAGCAACUCCUGACAAGCAUUUUUUCUCUAAAUACAAAGUAUAUUCUCUUUAUUGGAAAAUAAGUUAGUAAAUAUAUUCUGUAUUUUUGUUCUCCAUGAAAAAUAAAAGAGCUUCUGACAUUCCUGUUUCUCA